AUUGCCUUUUUGAAAAGUGCGUCUACAGGUUGUGUCAUAUCUGAAUUUCUGAUUUUUAUUUCCCCUAAAGAUUGAAGGCUGGACAGUAACAAGUGCAAUCGAAAAUGAAUAACAACACAAAAUCUCGUGUUCAUUUCGACGACAACGAGCUCAUAUCAAAAUUCCGCGUGCUCAUCAAGGAAUCCAACAUCAAUCUGUCAACGAGUGAUGAAUUGCUAAUGUGCUUUAUCCAUGCCCGUAAAGGCGACGUUCACAGAGCGAUGAAAUUGCUGAACAACUAUGUGAGAAUGACAAAGCAACAUCCAGAACUUGCACACUUAUGUCCGUUGCGUGUGAAACACGUGCUCGAUUUGCACUUCUUUGCUUCUCCGCAUCGCGAGCAAAAUGGAUGUCGCAUAUUGUUGAUCAAUUUACGGAAGUGGGAUCUCCGCAUUUGUAGUUUGGAAGACGUUUUUCUUGCAUUAGUGUUCUGCUUUCAGAGACUGGUAUCUGAACUCGACACUCAAACUAAUGGCAUUGUGCUUAUCCUCGACGUUAAAGAUUUGUCACUUAACCACGUAAGGCAGUUUACACCAUAUUGGGUUAAGAUAAUUGCCGAUAUUGCUCAGGAUGUGUUUCCUAUCCGAUUCCAAGGAAUUCACGUUGUUAAUGAACCUCGGAUUAUGAAAAUCCUCGUAGCCAUAUUUUGGCCUUUUUUAUCGAACAAAAUUCGCAACCGGCUGUUCUUUCACGGACAAUGUUUCGUAACUGUUCACCAACACGUUGAUCCUGCCUGUCUACCCAGCGACUAUAACGGUUGUAUGAAAUCGAUGGACACCAUGUGUUUUUCCAGUGUUUUCUCCGAGAGUGAGUACCCAAAAAUAUUCGAUUGUUUUAACUAAAAAUCAAGCAUGUUUAGAACGCGAAAAUUUUGUAAUAUUUUUCUAUUAUGCCAAGUCAAAGCCCAUACAGUUUCAGGCCUUUCGCACGUUUUUUUUCUGUGGCCAUGUCGUUUACUUCAUGUUUGUUCUAUGUCGAUAGCUUUUUAUUUGUGGUUUCAUUUUGUGCUACGCGCAUAUACAAUAUAAUGGCAGUAUUUAAUGCA